CUCGCGUACCACACAAGAAAAACUGUCCACCAUGAAGUUCUUCAUUGUCCUCCUUGCCGUUGUGGCGGUCGCUAGCGCCGGAUAUAUCGGUGGUGGAUAUGGUGGUGGAUAUGGUGGUGGCCACGCCAUCGCACAGCCCUGGGUGGCUCCAGCCGCAUUGGUGCACGCUCCAGUGGCGCACAGCCCGGUAGUGCACGCACCCCUGCCUUGGGUGGCGCCCGCGCCGAAUUACGUCAAGGUCACCGCUCCCGUGGCGUACGCCAAGCAGUCGUACCAUGUGGCCACCAUCGCUCAGGCUCCAGCGAUCCCGGCACCUCACCCGGCGCCGAUCUCCUACAAGGGCAACGAGCACGUGAACAGAAUACAUUAUAACGGAAACACCAAUGGUCAUCCGCAUCUGGUCGGCAUCGAGCACUACGUAGCGGCGGCUGAGCCAGCCAUCGGCGUCGUUAAGGUUGGCCACGGCCACGGCCACGGCUGGUAAAGUCCGAGCGCGCAAAACCUCAACCACCGAACGUACCCGCCGGUCCAGAGUGGUCCACAACGCGCGACCGCUGUCCCGAGGCCUCGACAUCCACGGCGACCAUCGUGACGGCCCGGCGCAGGCCGAGCUGUGCCUACGGGCUACCUCGGCACCCGCCGACGUCGGCGACAACGGCAGCAGCAGCACCAGCGGCAGCGGCUCCCGCACCCCUUCUGCUCGCCCCCGUGAUUCGACCGCCUCAGGAUGGACGCGCGUUAUGGACCAGCCGCGGACCGCAGACCAGGCAGAGCCAGACUCAAGAAAACAGCAGUCGUCCGCAAAUUCUCACGAUUACCUUAGCGCUACAUAUGACACGCAAUCACAAACACAUACACAGACACGAAAGACAACAUCCGCGUUCGGCAAUCUAUCACGCAACGAUCUACCACCCCGACCAUUGCGUUCAUCACCACCUGUCAACAGCGUAAAAUUUCCGUGCGGCGUGUGAUACUUGAAGAAGACGUCACGCAACAUCAGACAGAGCGUUUUUACUUCUUGCCCCGCCCCACCACCCAUCCCCCCGCCAAACCAUCACACCGAUAUCAUCGUCGGUCUUUUCUCGGCCCCUCUAGAAACAUUCUUCGUUCCCCUUCUCAUUCGGACCCCGACAGUCCCUUCUGUCCCUCUAUUUUUUUUCUUCUUUGUCCGCGGUGCAAUUUAUUUAUUUUCUAAUAAAAAGUUGACUUUUACGUCUUGUGAUAAAAA